AUGGUUCGAGAUAAUGAAAUAUCGAGUUAUCCGGCGUUAGAGCUACCGGGAGCUAACCGUAUAUCAAAUUUGAAAAUGUUUUUACUUUAUAGUUUCAAGAAUGUGUUUAGUGCAGCAGACCAUCCUAGACAAAAUCAAAGACGGUCAAGUAUGCCAGCCUCAUCUGAGUUGUCGAGUUUACAUCGAACAACUAGUCACAAGAACUUGCCACAUUUAGACGUGGUUGAUCGAGUCAAAAGUACACCGUUUCAUUUCUCACCGAAAUGUUGCCAACCUGACAAACACUUACACAGUUGUCACAGCCAUUGCACUUUGCCACAUUUGCCGGGAACAUCAAGACGACGGGCAAGUCUACCUCCCAAAUUGACCUCAUAUCUAAAGCCAGUAAAGGAAAAUAGACGCAAAAGCUACCCUAUUGAGGCGACGGAACAGAAAGAGCGAGAACUGCAUCGUUGUAAAGCGUUACACAGAACGAACAUAACAUUCGCAGACAUCGCCAGCGAGCUUCGAAAUAUUAGCAAUGAAUAUCGCCAACAAGACGUAAAACAAGUGAAGUCUGUACCCACCGUAUUCCCAAUCACGGCACGAAAGGAUGUGAGUUGCGAUUUCAUUGAUCGCCAACCAAGUAAAUCGUUUCAUUGCGCUAACUCGAGUGUUUUAAUGGUACAUAACAUCGAUUCUCACAGUUCUGGUUACUCGACAUCACACAGUGAUACGUCUCACCAAACACGUUCUCUUGCUAGGAUUGGAGAACAUUCUGUCGCCUAAUUUAGCGCCUGUAACUUUUAUUUUUGCUAAUAAUUAUUUUGUGUUAAACAUAAUAUUUUAUUAUAUAUUAUUAUUUUGUAUAUCAAGUAAAUAAAAG